GUGACGCCCCGAACUGGAGUCACCGCACGCGGACUCCGGCCACAUGCGCGCUCACACCAGCUCCCCUCCCCGCGUCGAGCCGCCGCAGAGGGCACGCUUCUGAUGGAAACCUCGGCGCUUCGGCCGCGGCGCUGCGCGUUCGGUAGUCCUCUGUAGCGGAGCACUCGACGGCGACGGGAGGCUGCGGGAGCGCGCGGCAGCGCCGCACCAUGAAGUUGGCGUUUCUCCUCCUCGCGUCGAUGUCCUGCUCCCUGUGCCUCGCCAGGACCGCCGCUUCAAAUGAGUUUGUGUCUUUGGCGGAGAUGGAGGACGCCCUCCUGAAAACCCUCUUCCAGGGCUACCAGCGCUGGGUCAGGCCCAUCCAGCGAGCCAACGACACUGUGAGAGUCCGCUUUGGUCUCAAGAUUUCCCAGCUGGUUGAUGUGGAUGAGAAAAAUCAGCUAAUGACAACUAAUGUUUGGCUGCGUCAGGAGUGGAUCGAUUACAAGCUGCGGUGGAAUCCGGAGAAGUACGGAGGAAUCACCUCCAUCAGAGUUCCCUCUGAAAAUAUCUGGCUCCCAGACAUCGUCCUCUAUGAGAAUGCCGAUGGCCGGUUUGAAGGGUCCCUCAUGACCAAAGCCAUUGUGAAGUAUAAUGGUGCCAUCACCUGGACGCCACCUGCAAGUUACAAGUCCGCCUGCACUAUGGACGUCACGUUCUUCCCCUUCGACCGGCAGAACUGCUCCAUGAAGUUCGGCUCCUGGACCUACGACGGGCACAUGGUGGACCUGGUUCUGAUGGACCACCAAGUUGACCGCAAGGACUUCUUCGAUAACGGAGAGUGGGAGAUACUUAGUGCCACUGGUGCCAGAGGGAACCGGAAGGACGGCUUGUAUUCCUACCCCUUCAUCACAUACUCCUUCAUUCUGAAGAGGCUGCCAUUGUUUUACACGCUCUUCCUCAUCAUCCCUUGUUUGGGUUUGUCCUUUCUGACUGUCUUGGUGUUUUACCUUCCCUCUGAUGAAGGAGAGAAACUCUCACUAUCCACCUCUGUCCUAGUGUCGCUCACCGUGUUCCUUCUGGUCAUCGAGGAGAUCAUCCCUUCCUCCUCCAAGGUGAUCCCUCUCAUCGGCGAGUACCUGCUCUUCAUCAUGAUCUUCGUCACGCUGUCCAUCAUCGUCACCGUCUUCGUCAUCAACGUGCACCACCGCUCCUCCGCCACCUACCACCCCAUGUCCCCGUGGGUUCGCAAUCUCUUCCUCCAGGAGCUGCCGAGGCUGCUCUGCAUGCGAGGACACACCGACCGCUACCACUACCCGGAACUGGCUCCCGAGAGUCCUGAGCUGAAGUCCCGGUCCGGAGGUCGGAGAGGAGGACACAGGACGACCGGCGGCUCCUACGGACAGACGACCUCCGAGGGGAAGGAGGAUGAAGCCUGGUCGCUGAUGUUGGAGAAGGCCAUCUAUUCAGUUCGCUACAUCAGCAGACAUAUCCGCAAAGAGCACUUCAUCCGCGAGGUGGUACAGGACUGGAAGUUUGUGGCCCAGGUGUUGGACCGGAUCUUCCUUUGGGCGUUUCUUACUGUGUCGGUUUUAGGCACCAUCCUCAUCUUCACUCCGGCUCUGCGGAUGUUCAUGAAAAUCCCUCCUCCCAUAGCAAGUGAGGAGCCCCCGUCACACUAAUGGCCACAUUAUCAGAAACCUAGAAACAUUCGUUGCCAUUGAUUAGGAGGAAGCCACUAGGGGUUUGACUUUGACUUUAAAAACUUAGUUUAUUUGGUUUCUUCUCUAGAUUCAGUCUGUAAAUAAUAAACACAUCAUUAGGUCAGAUUUUUCUGCAUGUUAUAUUUAAUUGUUACACACAUACACAUUUAUUCUAUUAGUAAUACAUCUUAUAUUGAAUUUAAUAAGAAGGAUGCCAUAAUAUUUUGCCUAUAGAUACACACAAAGCAUCAUGUGUUGUGUUAACUUGAACUUGUUAAUUGCCAAAGUCACAUAAUUUUACAGUAUUAUGCAGCUGUCAGUAGCAACUUCACACGCGCACAUACCUUUAAAACAGUAGAGUACAUAUGCUGUAAUGAAAGAGAACCUGAAAAAAUGUACAACCCAGGAUCUACAACCCUUAUUAAAAUGCACUUUAGGUUUUGUAAUUUCUUUACAGUCCUUGAUCCUUGUUUAUAUUUUGAACUGAAACGGUCUGUUUCCUCUGUGCAAUCCAUUUGUUUUAUAGAAAUGAACAGAAAAUCCAGGCCAGCAAAAAAUUGUUAUUGGCUCAUUUCUAUAUAAAUGAAAAUGUUUUUUGUUAUAUCCUGUCAGGAGCAAAGUGUACAUCUGUCUCAUGCCCCUCACAUAACAUCCAUUUGCACAAUUACCAGGUAAAAAAGGUGGAGAUAAUCAUCAGUCAUGAGCAGCAUUAUCACCUCCACAUACGGCAGCGCCACCCAGUGGUGAACCAGAGGAACAACCAAACAAUAUUUUAAUAAAUCUAUUUAUCUGUUAAAAUGAACUAAGGGGCUACACAUUAUACCUGGGUUUUGUGUGUUUUACAGAAAUGAAAGGAGCACAGCAAAUGAUGUGAUGAUGAUCAAGACACCACACUGUAACACUGACACUAAUCUGAUCACUAAAAACUGUUUAUAAAGACCAUAAUGUGA